AUGUCCCGAUUGAUUUCCAUCAUCAAAUCAUUCCUUGUUUCUAUUCCGUGCUUCAGCGGAUGGGCCAAUGUAAAUACACAAUCAUUAACGGCAUCAUACCUUUCCUCAAAAUCAUAUAGUAAGAUUCCGAGAAUUUUUUGGACGUUACUAUUCUUCUCGUUGAUUGUCAUGAACGUGUUGUUGGUUGGAUUGUUUUUGAAUUUGGAGACUUCCGGCAUAUUAUAUUAUAAGGCUUAUGAUUGUAAGAGAAAUACAGAUCGGAGUGAUGAUGUUAUAUUGAUUAAUCAGGGAUCCGAUUAUUACUACAAUCUCAAUGUAACGUUAUCAAACGACAAGACUGUGUUGCUCCAGAGCGUCAUUUGGAAGGAAUUUUGUAAAUCCUCUUCGGAGGCGAGUGCUAAAAGUUGUCUGCGUGAACAUGUUGGAGAUGGUGAUAUGGACGAUGAUUUCACGUGUUUUGCCAUUGAGAGCAAUGUGGAUAGAGUCUUUGCCGAGAAGAAGCAAACUGUUGAUGGCAAAAUGGAAAUUCAAAUUAGAACUGAAUUGUGGAGCGCAUUUACUUCAGAACUUGCAUGGAUUAUUCCAUUGGGAAUUGCGUUUGUUGCGUUUUGCGUUGUGUGUUAUGUGGUUUAUGGGUUUAAAUACUUGGAUGGUAGAUCUAGAUUUUCAAUUGAUCGAUUUUUCAAACAAGUUUUUCCAGAUCCUUUCAGAUUGAAUGGAGAAAUUUCAACCUACAGAUUGGAAGAGAGUCCAAAUUUACAAGUGGUCUUGCAAGAUGCUACCGAACGUCACAAGGAGGUAUUCCUACAUUUGGACAAGCGUUCCAUGGCUGAACAUCGUAGUGCAGAACAACAAGAAGAGUCAUCCACUCAAAUGCAAGAAAUGGCUCUCGAUCUUCCCAAUGCAUACGAUCAUUCGGGCAAGGAACAUCCUGUAUUUAUUUUAUUAAGAAGCACUGCCAUUCAAGAACACGAAACAUUAUUGUACUAUGAGCGUACUUCAACUGAUCAUAUGAAAAAGGCGAAACAGACUACUCUUCGUAAUUUGAAAAUUUGGUGGUUCCUUACUAUAGCCAUGUGUGUGUUUCUGCUCGUUGUCUCCUUAAUUUUCCUUUUUGCUUUACAAAGAAUACUUUUAGCUGUAUUUUUCUGGGAGAUUGGAAUCAUUGCGGGUGUAUAUUUAAUUCAUGCCACCCUCACCACAACGAUUCCAAUUUAUAACGGAUUGCAUUACAUGAUCACGAGCAGUCGUGUGGUUAUUAUUGAAUUGUGGACCUUUGGUUUAGGCUAUCGUAUUUAUUGGAUUCCUCAUGACAAAAUUUCCAGUGUUUGGUAUGGCUCGAUUGAGACAGAUUUUCCAACUAAUCGUGUCACACUUGAAGAUCAAAAGGAAGGAAAAUUGUUAGCAGAUAUCAUGACUGCAAAGGAACAGUCUGUGGAAGGAGUUCUCCUCGAGUACUCGACAGACGUCAAGACAGUGAUUGACUUGAUUGAGGAACAAAAACAAACUCAUAGGGCACAGUUUAGCAUUGAAUGA